CGAGGAUCGUGGCUGAGCACGCGGCAUACCUCGCGUUCCACGCUACGUCGCAGAGCUCGUCCCGACGUUCCCGCGGUGAAGAUGGCCGUGAACUUCUUGGCCGUGAUGCUGAUCUGCGUCUACUACGGCGCCGUGGUGUCCGUGGGCGUGUGGGCGGCCCGCAAGAUGAACGCGGACAGCAGCCAGCAGGUGUCGCGCCUCAGCGUCGACACUCGCCGCAAGCAGGACGCGGCGCACGUCCUCAUGAAGCUGUUCAUAGCCAACCGCCACCUGCCGCUCUGGAUGGGCGUCGGCUCCAUGACCGCGACCUGGGUGGGCGGCGGCUACCUGAACGGAACAGCGGAGGCUGUCUACAGGCACGGAAUCCUGCGCUGCCACGCCCCUCUGGGCUACGCGGUCAGCCUGGUUUUAGGCGGCACUUUCUUCUCGAGCAAGAUGCGCGCGACCAAGCCGUUGACCAUGCUGGACCCGUUCCAGCACCGCUACGGCCGGUGGAUGGCGCUACUGCUGUGCUUCCCAGCCGUUAUCGGCGAAGUCUUCUGGACUGCCGCCAUCUUGGCAGCGCUUGGUGACACCGCCGGCGCUAUCAUAGAGGUGGACACACGCUUCUUCAUACUGGCCUCCGCUCUGGUGGUGUUCUUCUACACCUCGCUGGGCGGCGUCUACGUGGUCACACACACCGACGUCCUCCAGCUUGUCAGCACGACCGCCUGCCUGUGGAUUUGCGUGCCCUUCUGCUUAAGCAACCACGCCGUCGGAGUGAUGGGGCCUCCGCACAGCGACUGGGUCGGCACCAUCGACUCUAGCGGCGUGAGCCAGCAUUUCGACGCCUUCCUGAUGACCGCGCUCGGAGGUAUUCCGUGGCAGGUGUACUUCCAGCGCGUGCUAAGCUGCGAGACCGACUUCCAUGCCCGGAUGCUCUCGUACUUGGCCGCCGUGGGUUGCAUCGCGCUGGCCGUCCCGCCUGCAGCGAUCAGCGCAGUGGCCAAAAGCGCGAACUUUACGGCGGCCGGCUAUCCGGGUCCGCACUAUUUGCGCGACAAGGACAUCGUGAGGGUACUGCCGUAUUCCAUACGCUACCUGACCACCGGCUUGGUCUCCCUGAUGGGCCUGAUAGGCAUCACGGCUGCGAUCAUGUCGUCGGCGGACUCUUCCAUGCUCAGUGCAUCCUCCAUGGUCACCAAGAACGUCUACCAGUCCAUCGUUCGACCCCUGGCUUCCGACGUCGAGGUGUCCCUGGUGUUGCGAGUCAUGGUGUUCGCCAUCGGGGCCUGGGCCACCUACCUGGCGCUGUCCGUGAAUUCCGUGUUCGAGCUGUGGCUGCUCUGUUCGGACAUAGUCUACGUGCUGCUGUUCCCGCAGCUGAUCUGCGUCCUCUACUUCGAAGAUAGCAACACGUACGGCGCCGUCUUGGCUUUCUUCGUCAGCGUCGUCUUCCGCGGGUUGUGCGGCGAGCCGUCGAUGAACGUGCCGGUGACCAUCAGGCUCCCUAUGUACGACGAGGAGCUGGGCCAGCAGUUUCCCUUCCGGCUCACCUGCAUGCUGCUCGGCCUGCUCACACACCUGCUUGGCUCGUACGGCGCCUCCUUGGCCUUUCGCAGUGGCUGGCUGCCGCAGAGCUUCGACGUCUUCAAAUGCUUCUCGCUGCGCCACUCCGAAUCGAAGCAAGCGGCCAAGCCGAGCGACCACAGCGCCGGUGCGUCAGGCAACGCCACUGGUGCGCAGCAGCUCGGCGGCGAAUCGAACACGAAGAACGAAGCCGAGGAACCGCCGUUGGCCAAGCGGGACGACGUUUUCAAGAUAGCCAGCUUCAACCCUUUCCAGAAGCUGAGGGAUAGCGGCGUCGGCUCAAUUAGGAGCCAGAAGCCCAGCUCCGUCGACGGUUCACCGAACACCAAGAAAGCGAGCACCGCCGACGCUUCCCCGAAGGCCACCGUCGACGUGCAACCGCUGACGUCCAACGUCGACGGUUUUUCGGGGGCCAAGAAGAAAUCGAGUAGCAAGCCUGCGAGAAGAGCCGCUUCGGCGACGGACGUCGCGAUCCAGCCGGACAACCUCGUGACUCCCGUCGCGUUUGAGGCGAAGGCGCGCUCGAGCACGGACAGCGCCAACUUCCCGAGCUCCGCCAAGUCGGACACGUCGAGCGACUCCAAGGCGUCGGAGAGCAAGCCGGACGGCGAUCAGACCACCGAGCCGACCAAGGCGCCCUCCCUCAAAGUGCGCCGGUCCAGGAGCCGCGCCAAGAUCGAGGCGGCUCUGUCGGCGGCGGGCAGCGUCUCCAAGAGCGACGGCGAGCCGCCCCAAGAAGGGGGAUCGCGAGAAAAGCAACUUUGAGGAGCAUCCCGCAGCCCUCACCAACGAUGCUUGCUCCAAAGCGUCCCUUCUUCUUAUGGGUGGUCGCGCUAUUUUUUUUUUUUCUUCGGCUUUACGUAUUUUAGUGUAGCUGUAGCGCACAAGGACGUAGUGGCUGCUGCGAGGACGGCACAUUACCCGCAUUCUGCACGACGGCUUUGAGCGGACGAUGCCGAGCUCACGUCUAAGAGGCGAGGUACGUGUACGCGUGGCCAUCGCCAACAUUUCUCGUUAAAAAAAAGAAUGCUUUCUGCUGACCGAUUCGGCGAACAUAAGCAUGGUUAUCGCUCCUGGAUGUCAAAUAGCGUUUCUGGUUUGUUCGCUUUCACCAGGUCCCUGUACCUUGCCCUAAACGACUUCAAGUGUUACCAACCUUUACUCGCGCCUUAAGUUGCUGCUAACAGCUCCGCAUGAAAAAAAUGGCAUAUCAAUUUCCAACAGGGUUUCUAGCCACAUUUUCAGUGUAUUUAGCACUUGCAGUUGAAAAUUUCUAGGGCGAGCUGGAAACAGAAUAGAGCACGUAUUGGUAGGCGCCGAAAGUAAAUUCUGAAGCGGAA